AUGGCUUCAGGAGAUAUUCAAUCAGAUGAAAGUCUUUAUCCAAUAGCUGUUUUAAUUGAUGAACUUCGUAAUGAAGAUGUUCAAUUACGUUUAAAUAGCAUAAAGAAGUUAUCCACAAUUGCAUUGGCGCUUGGUGUUGAAAGAACACGAUCUGAACUUAUUCCAUUUUUGACUGAUACAAUUUAUGAUGAAGAUGAAGUUCUAUUAGCAUUAGCUGAACAAUUAGGAACAUUUACACAACUUGUUGGUGGUGAAAGUUAUGUUCACGUUUUAUUGCCACCAUUAGAAAGUUUAGCUCAAGUUGAAGAAACAAUUGUACGUGAUAAAGCUGUUGAAUCACUUCGUAUAUUAGCACCACAACAUUCAACAACAGAUUUAGAAACAUAUUUUGUACCAACUGUUAAACGUUUAGCACAAGGUGAUUGGUUUACAUCACGUACAUCAGCAUCAGGUCUUAUAUCUGUGUGUUAUUCACGUGUUUCAAAUCAUGUUAAAGGCGAAUUACGACAAUUAUUUAAAAGUCUUUGUCAAGAUGAUACACCAAUGGUACGUCGUGCAGCUGCAUCAAAAUUAGGUGAAUUUGCUAAAGUUGUUGAACCUGAGUAUUUACGUCAAGAACUUGUUUCAUUAUUUACAAAUUUGGCAAAUGAUGAACAAGAUAGUGUACGUUUAUUAGCUAUUGAAGCUGGUAUAUCUAUGGCAAAUUUAUUUCGACAUGAAGAUCUUGAACAACAAAUGAUGCAAACAUUACGUACUGCUACAGAAGAUAAAUCAUGGCGUGUACGAUAUGUUGUUGCUGAUAAACUUGUUGAAUUACAAAAAGCAGUUGGUCCUGAAAUAACAAAAAAUGAUUUAGUUACAUCUUAUUGUGCAUUAUUAAAAGAUCCUGAAGCUGAAGUACGUGCAGCAGCAGCAUCAAAAUUAAAAGAUUUUUCUACUCAUUUACCAGCUGAUACACGUGAACAAAUGAUUAUGUCACAAAUUUUACCAUGUGUUAAAGAUAUGGUUGGUGAUAUGAAUCAACAUGUUAAAUCAGCAUUAGCUUCAGUUAUAAUGGGUCUUUCACCAUUACUUGGCAAGGAUAAUACACUUGAACAUCUUUUACCAUUAUUUCUUAGUCAACUUAAAGAUGAUUAUCCUGAAGUUAGGCUUAAUAUUAUUUCAAAUCUUGAUUGUAUAAAUGAGGUUAUUGGAGUUCGUCAAUUAUCACAAAGUCUUCUACCAGCUAUAGUUGAAUUAGCAAGUGAUGCUAAAUGGCGUGUACGUCUUGGUAUUAUUGAAUAUAUGCCAUUAUUAGCUGGUCAACUUGGUCCAGAAUUUUUUGAUGAAAAAUUAAGUAGUCUUUGUAUGAGUUGGCUUACAGAUCAUGUCUUUGCCAUACGUGAAGCAGCUACAAAUAAUUUAAAAAAGUUAGUUGAAAAAUUUGGUCGUGAUUGGGCACAAAGUACGGUUAUACCAAAAGUUAUACAAUUAGCACGUGAUCAAAAUUAUUUAUAUCGAAUGACAUGUUUAUUUGCUGUUAAUGCCUUGGCUGAAUCGUGUGGUCAAGACAUAACACAACGAAUGAUGUUACCAACUGUAGUAACACUUGCCAGUGAUCCUGUUGCUAAUGUUCGAUUUAAUGUUGCUAAAACAUUACAACGCAUUUAUCCAGCACUUGAUCAAAAUGCAUUAGCUUUACAUGUUAAACCAUGUUUGGAAAAAUUAUGUCAAGAUUCUGAUCAUGAUGUUCAACAUUUUGCAAGUGAAGCUCUUGAAACUUUGACCAAGAUGUCAUUAAAUUCCGUUGCAUUAGAUGAAUUAUCUGAAUUUCUUGAUCCACAAGGGCGUCUUGAUAUAAAAUCACUUGCACUUCAGACAUUACUAUCAUUAACUGCAUCUAAAGAAGGUCGUCAUUUAUUAUUAUCAUCAUUGCCUAACACUGAUCCAAAUAAAUCAUUAUUAUCACGUAUUUGCCGUCUAGUAUUUGAAGAUGUUCAAGAAUCAAUUCGUUUUGAUGCACUUCUUUUUUUAGUUAAUUUAACAGGUGAUAAUGAAUUAUCAAUACUUAAUAAUAAACAAAUGUCAAUUACAAAUGAUUUUUGGUUACAAUUAUUAAAACAUUGUAUUGAUGAUCGUCAAUAUGAACAUGCUGAUGCUGGAUGUAAACUUUUAUCAAAUAUAACAUCUCGUACAAUAACAAUUGAUCAAUUAAAUGAAUUAAUAAAUCAUUUUGAUAAAAAUUAUCCAUUAUGGUUUGAUAAUGUUAUUCAAGCAUUUUCUACAAUUGAUUAUAAUUUUAAAAAAAAUAAUCUAGAUUAUUUAUCAGCAUUUCUUGUUAAUUUAACACAAUCAAAAAUAAUUCGACAACGUUUAAGAGAUAAUGAACAUUUAAAACGUUUAUUAUGUUUUACAGAUCAAAAUCAUUCAAUUAUACGACGUGGAAGUAUUGCAUGUAUACUUAAAAAUUGUUGUUUUGAUCAUGAAAGUCAUGAACAAUUAAUUUAUCAUAUGAGUAAUAAUGAUGAUUUUAUAUGUUCAUUACUUUUACCACUUACUGGUUCAACAGCUGAUGAAUUAACGGAAGAAGAAAAUGAACAAUUACCAAUUGAUUUACAAUAUUUACCAAGUAAUAAACAACGUGAAACAGAUCGAGAUAUUCAACAAAUUCUUCUUGAAGCAAUUCUUCUUUUAUGUGCAACAAAAUCUAUUCGUAAAUAUUUUCGUUCAAAACAAAUUUAUCUUAUUUUACGACAAUAUCAUCAACAACCAAAUUUAGAUUUUGCAUGUGAUCGUACAUGUGAACGAAUUAUUCAAAUAUUAAUUGGUGAUGAAGAUUAUAAUGUUGAAACAGAUAAUCUACUGGAAUUAAAUAUUCCUGAAGAUUUAAGAGAAAAAUUUCAUGAUAGUGAUCGAAAAGAAGAAGAAAAUCAUCUCAAUCAAUGA